CUCUAGUGCGCGUAAUGUAAUAUGGACGUACAGACGCAACGCAAAGCAAACUUUGCCUUGAUUGUUUAAUAAUUAGUGGAACUAGUGACAUUAUUGACAAAAUGGAAGCAGUUGAAGAACCUCCGCUUCAAAAUUCAACCGUAGAUAAUAUGAAAGUAACAGUAAUGUUUGAUGAACACAACGAAAACGCUGUGGCUUCGGUAGCUACUGAUGUAUGUCACAAAUCAAACGGCGUCGCAGAAUCCGAGUCUGCUGAAGUUGCUCCAUUAGAAAGUAAUUCGGUUCCAAGAGAGGAAAGCAAAUGUGAGCCUGAAAGUGCUGAAACAUCUGUAGAUGUGAAGGAUAAAACGCAGGAUAUUGACAAACAAGCAUCAGAAGCUGCUGUGCCAAAAAUUAAUGACCCCACUGACACAAAUGUGGAGGAUAGUCGGACAGCCAUUGAUGAUUCCUCUUCCACUAUACUUGAACCAGCCGUUAUCAAGGAAGUUGUAACAGUUGCUUCUGAAGAAGAAACUGUUUUGGAAGUUGACAAUAAUGUACAGGUAUGCUCAGAUAGAGUCACUUUUCAGACUGAGAUAUUAAUUGAGACAAAUGAUAAUGAUUUGACUGAAACAGUUACUGAAGAAUUGGUUGUUGACGAUCAGCACUCCAACAAUUUACUCAGUGAACUUGGGCAAAGCAUUGAGCUUAGUGAAGCUUUACGCUCAUCAGAUGUAAGUGAUAGUGUAGAAAAUAACAAUAGUUCUGUUAGACAGGAAGUGUUCAAUAAAGAGGAGCUAUUGGAUAUCUUGGAAGGGAAUAACGAAGCCCAAAGUGAGUCAGUAAAUUUGAAAAAUGUACCAUCUACUGAAAUGCUUGAAACAACUAUAGCUUUGCAACAACUUAAUCGAUUGAAAAAUGCAAAAAAGCGUGGCCAAAAUGAAAGAUUAUCAAGAAAUCGAAAAAGUGAUAAAAUUGAGAAGGUGGUAAAACAAGAAGCCCCACAUAAACAGAAAGCUAGUGUAGAGGAAAACUUAAGAGAAAUUGUGAAAGGUACAGAGGAAAACAUAGUCAAUGUGCUUGUUAAAGAAUGGGAUGAUGAGGAUAUGGAUGGGGAAAAGGCAAACAAGUUGCAAGAGAGUGAAAACUUGAUAAAAAAUGCUGAAGAUAGUGUCAAAACUCAAGAAGGAGCUACUAAAGAAGAUGAUCAAGCAUCAGCUCGGACAUCCAUUGAUUCAUCUAGUGAUGGAAAAUUACAAGUCUUAAACAGAAGCAGUGAUGAGGGAGCCCCACAACGCAGACUUGGUAGAGUUAUAAAGAAAAAAGUAAUAUUUGAUCCUGAUAACCCAGAUACUUUUACUAAAACGAAAUCUGUCACUAAAAGCAAAGAACCAAGUGUAGAGAAAGAUGUGACUCCAUUAAAAAAAAUAAAGACUGAACCAACUUUUCAGAGGACCAAAUCUAAAUCACCUAUUUCAAAAUUACAAUGGAAAAAGCCUUCACCUAAGAACUGUAAACAAAAUAAGCGAUUGACUGAAGUUGAUAAGUUAUUAAUGGAUGAAGGAGCUGUAAAUAUGAUUUAUCAGCUCACUCCUGAAGCACCAAAGGGGAAAAAGAAUAUGAAAACCAAAGCAGAAUUUAUUAAAAAAAUACAAAGUUCAACACCUGAUUCAAAAGAAAUGAAAUUCAGAGAAAGGAAAAAGGAGUCGAAAUAUGAAGAAGGAGAAGCUAAAAAAAUUUUAGGUGGUAAACAGAGAUCAUCUUUAAGUAGUUCAGUAAAGUCACCGUCGGUCUCUGAAGACUUUGAGGCACAUAGUGCAGAUGAUUCCAUUAUUUAUAGACGGCACUCUUCAAGUUCUUAUUCUAGUUCAUGCAUGAGUCCACGACGGUUAAGCGAUGUAGAAUCUGGCUCUCGUAAUCCUCCACAAAACAUAAAGGCUGAAGUCCAGAAUCAAUCUGCUGGUGAGAGCACUAAUAGUCAGCCUCUGGCUGAUGUAUUCAUGUCAGAUAUUACAGACACAAUCAGACCAGAUGCAAUAAAUAAGGAUGAUUGCUUAUCUAUAAAAGAGAAACUUAAUUCUAAAUUAAAUCUUGCCUUAAAUAAAAGAAAGCGUGAAAUAACAAAAAUUGAUAAACCAUCAAAAAUUAAAAAAGUUAUGAAGUCUGAUGAAAGACCCAUUGUAAAUAGUGAAGAUUUCAAAUACUUGUCCAUUAGCUUUGAUCAAAAAUUAGCCGAGAUCCGUAUUCAGAAAGUAGGGUCCAGAUGUAAUAUUGAGAUGUUAAAAGAAUUAGAAAAAGCACUACAAGUGGUUGGAGCUAGAAGAGACAUAUCAGUGACACUCUUGUCGUCUGAGUGUGCAACUGCAUACUCUGAUUUAGACUUAAGAUCAUUGCUGGAUGAGAGUAUUGAGAAAUCAGCAAACUUUGCCAAUGAGAUAGCUGAAUCUGUAAGAUCUCUAUUACAAACAGUGGAACAACAUAGCAAGCUAUUAUGUUCUGGGGUGAAUGGUAGAUGUUCAGGUGUUGGCCUGGCAUUGAUUGGUCUAAGCGAUGUGGCGUUAGCUUCUGAACGAGCAAGUUUUGCCAUCAGCCCUAAGUCACAUGGGGGUGUUGCUCCGAUAGAGCCAGGUGCUGCGGCAUUUACAACAUACAGACUGCUGCCUCAACCAUUGCUGAACGAUUUGAUUGUUUUCGGACGUCGUUUGACAGCAUCGGAAGUGUUGCAAGGUGGAUUGGUAAGCCGUACUCUAUGGCCCGAGAACUUCAAUGAACAAGUCCAAACGAUCGUUAAAGACAUCGCUGCACAACCCGCUCGAAAUAUCUGGCUAAAAAAACGAAUACUGAGCAUGAAGAAAGGCGGAUCGGAGUCUACAUUCCUGGGAUAUUUGGAGAAGGAGCGAGAUUUACUAGUGGAGUAUUGGACUUCGGCAGAAGGACAGGAAAUCUUACGUGCAACAUACAACGCCUAAUUUUUAUAACAAACAAAAAAUAUAUUUACAUUUUCCAAAUAGUCAAAGGACAGUUACAGGUCAAUGUUUUGGAUGACCAGACCACACAGUUCCUUGCAACGAAUAACGUUUUCUUGAAUUACGAAAACUAUAUCUAUAUUGAAAACAUAUUUAUUUAAAAGUUAUUUGCAUAUCCAGGUAUUCAUUUAAGGGUUAUUCAUAAUGUAUAAUGGCUAUACAUAAAUGACAAAUUGUCUGACUGACAUCAAAAUUACUGUAAAUUAUUAAUAAGUGUUUGCCCAACAAAUGUAUUUGUAUAGGGAUUAGGUAUUGUGCAAAGACUGCUAUUAGUGCGAAGGUAGGCAAGCAAGAGUGAGUGCAGGAAGAUUUUGUAUGGGUUGAUUUAAUUUCUGAGCAGAUUAGAUCCUUGGUGUUGAUAGGUUAAUAGUUAUAGAAUAUUAUGUUAUGUUAUAGAUGAAAUUGUUUAUGUCCUUGUUUAAGAUUUUAUGAGUUUAUGACUAAAGGUUUAGCAUAAUUUUCUUUUACAGCCAAAGUUUGCAUUUACCGCUUUAUUUAAAAACAUCUUGUACACAGUAUGCCGGGGGCGAUGGAUCACGUACCUAAAGCUUAAAAAAUGUUAGUAAGUAAAGCAGUAACAGAUAUUUUCGAAAUAAAUAUCUGAUGCCCGACCAGUUAUGUUUUAUAGAUUACACUAAGUAUUUUUCAUUCCAUUUAUAAUGGAACAUCUGAAAAAAAGAAUGUUAUUAUAUCUUUUAUCCUUUCCUUGGUUAAAGACCAUACCAAUAAAAUUAUUUUAUUUUCAUAUUUAUAAGUGUACCUACCUAAUGGUAAAUUUAUUUCUUUUGGUUAAAAUAAAGUGCCUUUUAUAAUAUUGAAAUCGAUUAUAUAUUUUGAGUAUAAACAAAUGUACUAUAAUUAUAUACAAUAUUAGAGUGCUGACCCUUAGAAUGAGUUUUCACUAACAUUGAUUGGUGCACAGACAUCACAUGGUAUUGGAAUAGUUAUGGCCGCUGAUAGUUGUUUUUGAAGAAUAGACCGAAAUUAUAUCGCCUGUUUGCCGUGUUUCAUUGGCAAUGGUUUACUGAAGCAACGUGAACAGGUGGAGUGCAUAAGAUGCACUCGCUAUAAUGCACUUUCACCACAUAGUACAAAUAAUUGUGUGGUAUGCGAAUGUCGCGAAUAGUCUAAAAUUGUUAUUCGAACGUGUUUAGAUUUGUUAGUUGAUAAAUAUUACUAUGGGUUGAAUUAUGAAUGUGUAAAUACGUCGUGGUGAAAAGGGUUUGAGAAAACGUUUAAUUAUUAUAUCUCAUUAAUUCGGUUAGUGGUUGAUGUUGGAAUAAAUGAUGUGUGUACAUAUUGGAUUUAAUGUUGAUGGAUUAAUGCUUUUAUUGAUGUGACACCUUAAUGUUUAAUGGUACUUGUAGCAAAGUAUUCCACAUUGUGUUGUUUUCUAGUUGUUAAUACCUGCCACGUAGUUUGUGUUUACCGGAAUUGCUCUAACACUGUACAAGCGACUAUUUACUUUAUUUAAUAAAUAAACUAUAAUGUUCGUACAUAAGCUGAGCAUCUCAUAACUUUCACAAGUAUUUAAAAGUUACAAGUGAGUGUUGUUGACGCCUUUGAUUUUGUCGUACUAAGUAACUAAUGUUAAGGUUAGUUUCCUAUUAAUAAUUUCACUUUCAAUUCCCUAUACGAGUUCAAAACUAAAAACUUAUCAAUGAGAUGUCAUUUUCUUCAAAUAUUCUUACUUCAGUGUCAAAUCCAAAAAUAAAUUACUCUUUUAUAAAAAUAUAAUUCUUAUUUGAAAUAACUCAAGUGUAAAGGAUUUUCUUUUCAUUUAGAAAAUAAUACGUUUUAAGUAAUCAUUCAAAUAGUUAAGGUCAUUUAAAUUAUGGGUUAAAUAGUUUUAAGUCACAGAAUUAUGUUACAUCCGAGUAUGUGAAUAGUGUAAAAUUAUAACUAAG